UUUUUUUAUUCUUAUUAUUAUUGAAUGUUAACGUAUACAAUUUGGUGUUUAUAAUUAAUUAAUUAAUUAAUUAAUUAAUUGAUCAAUAUUAUGGAAUAUCUUGAACAAUUUACAGUGAUUGAUAAAAAUAGAGAUGGAAUCAUUUCAAGAAGGGAUUUAUUUAAAUAUGCAUUAAGUAUUGGUGAAGAUUUGUCGAUGGUUGAUAGAUGGUUAAGACUUUUCGAUACAAAUGAUAAAGGCAUAAUCACAAUUGAAGAUGUCAGUCGUACUCUGGGUGUACCACCUCCGAAAUUUUAUGAUGAAAGAUAUAAUCGACGACUUAAUGGAAAAUUUGAAUCAUCCAGUGAUGUUUUUCAUCAAGCUGCAGCAAAAUUUCGUUCAACUGAAGAUAUUACACGUUAUUCACAAUCAUCAUUAACAUCUACAGAAAAUUUAUCAAUGUAUAAACGUAGUUAUUCUAGUGAUAAUGUACCAUCAGAUUAUCAUAGAUUAAAAGUUGAUAAUUCAUGGCAACUAAAUGAUGAACCAUUAAUUAUAGAAUAUUCAUAUGAAAAAAUUAAAGAGAAAUUAAAUCAAUUAAUUGAAAUAGCUAUUAAAAAACAAAUUGAUAUUCAAACAAUACCACAAUUUAUAGCAAUAGCAUUAGAAAAAGAAUAUGGUCGUAAUUGGCAUGUAAUUGUUGGUCCAUAUAAAGCUGGUUGUGCUGUAACACAUUUAAUUGGACGAUUCUCUAAUGCUCAAUAUGCAUCAUAUCAUGUGAUUGCAUUUCAAACAUUGGAUUUGUAAAUUGUUUACCUUCUUUCUUUCUUUCUUUCAUUUGUUAUUGUUACUACCUUUUAUAUCUUACAAUUUACUUGUUCAUUAUAUUUUAUUGGUAAUAUGGGACUUGUGUACUUACCACUAGUAUGCUUUCUUUAUUAUUUAUAUUGCAAUAUGACAAAUUAGCUAAUGUUAUGUAUGGAUUAUAUAUUCUUUCGAAUAACACUAAACUUGAAUGUUAGCAUAGAGAACUAUGGAAAACUGUUGUAUAAGUGUUGAAAUAAAUAAUGAAAAAAAAAUGAUAAAGGCAACUCUUUGUAAUUUAUAAUUCAAGUCAUUGAUCAAUUUCAAGUAUAUGUCCU